AGAAGUAGUUAGUACGCCUAUUUAGAAAGGACAAAUUCGAUUUUGUGACUACUACUAAGUACUAUCUCACUAUAUGAGAAAGGUAGUAAGCUCUUGGCAGGGAGAAUCAGAAAAUGGCUAAAGAUUGGAAGAAGACUGCUCUCCUUGUCAUUGAUAUGCAAAAUGAUUUCGUGUUGCCGGGUGCGCCGCUGCGAGUAGAUGGUGCUGCUGCAAUUGUACCUAAUGUCACUAAAUCUGUUGAACUGGCUAGAGAACACGGCAUGCUUAUUGUCUGGGUUGUUCGGGAGCAUGAUAAGCUAGGAAGAGACGUUGAACUCUUUCGAAGGCACUUGUAUACUGAAAAGGGGGGUCCUACUGUAAAGGGUCAUGAAGGUUCUGAACUAGUGGAAGGGCUUAAAAUGCAUGAAGGAGAUUAUAAAUUGGUCAAGACUCGGUUUAGUGCAUUCUUUGCUACAAACCUUCAUUCAGUUCUGCUAACUGCUGGAAUUGAUAGUUUAGUCAUUGUUGGAAUUCAGACUCCUAAUUGCAUCAGGCAGACAGUCUUCGAUGCAGUAGCAUUGGAUUACCCUUCUGUCUCUGUCAUUGUUGACGCCACAGCUGCUAAAACUCCGGAAGUUCACUCUGGACUAUUACGCAUCUGAAAAACAACCUUCUUCAUGGGCGAUGAUCUUGUCAUGUUCCAGAAGAGAAUCUGAGUUCUCCGCUCCAUUUCUAGAAAGGGGUUUUGUUCUGGAAUCGUCUUCCUUGCUGUAAUGGUUUUAUAGAUUAGUCGUAGUCUUUUCCCAUUGUUCUACUUUUCUGUUUAUUACUAAAGCUUGUGAUUUUAAGUAUCUACUAACUAAUAUGGUGAUGUUCUUUUCGACCAGCAAACAUUAUCGACAUGAAAAAUAUCGGGGUAGCUACUCCAACCUUAGAGGAAUGGUGUAAUUUAAGUGCUUAAUGAAGGUUUGGAGCAUAAUAAUCAUGUUUGUUUAUAGUUUCUAUUUUCGUCAGAUCGUAACGCAGGUGUGUUAAAUGGCUCUAUAAACAUGUUUGCUGGUGCCCAACUUCUGUGUAUAAGAUAUGUCAUCUCAUCAUUAGGGGCAAAUUCAAGGUCAGUCAAUAAUCCGCCCCUGCUGAUAAUACAUCUGUUGGUUAUUGUUGUGAAUAUUCUCAUAAACGAAGCUAGUUUCUUCCUUGACUUUUAAGAUGCUUUGGUUUUGGUCUUUGCAAUUGGAUUAUUCUCCCAUUCUCUGUUU